GGCCUGGAGGGCCCCCUGUCGACACCUCGGCAAGCAGGCGCCAGACAAUGGAACUUGUCGACACGGGACGGUCAUCGCACAACACGUUCAGCAUCGCCGCCCUGAUGGCGAAUGAGCCGCCCGUCGUGCAGGCUUACCUGCAGCACCACCACCAGCAGCAGCAGCAGCCGAGCUCCUCGGCGGUCGACGGAGACGCGCCGCCGGCCGGAAGAACUGCGUACCAGGCGGCCGCGGCUGCCGCCGGGGACUGCUGCCUGGCGGCGACCGACUGGGCCAGCACUCCCAGCUACGUCGCCAGCACGCCGGUGAAAGACAUGGAAGCCUGCCUGCUGACGAGCACGAAGGACCGACCCAGCCUGGCCGAGGCGUACCGGAGCUCGACCGAGUUCCCGGACAGCUGCAAGGGUUCCUCCGACGGCCGCGUAGGGUCGCCGUGCCUCGAAGGCGCCUCGUCCGGCGGCGGCCGCUGUUCGUCGGCGGAUGAUAGCGGCGGCGGCUCUUGUUCGCCCGCGCUGUCGCAGUCCGGCGGCUGUGCCGAGGACGAGCGCAAGCCCUUGCACCCGAAGCUGGUCGGAGUGGGCGCCUCGCUAGAGAUGAAGGCCUUGUGGGACGAGUUCAACGCCCUGGGCACCGAGAUGAUCGUGACCAAGGCCGGAAGGCGCAUGUUCCCCACGCUGCAAGUGAAGCUGUACGGGCUGGACCCGCACGCGGACUACAUGCUGAUGAUGGACUUUGUGCCCGUGGACAACAAGCGGUACCGGUACGCCUUCCACAGCUCGAGCUGGAUGGUCGCCGGCAAAGCGGACCCCAACAUGCCCCCGCGCAUUCACGUGCACCCCGAGUCGCCGUGCAAGGGCGCCCAGUGGACCAAGCAGGUGGUCUCCUUCGACAAGCUCAAGCUCACCAACAAUCAGCUCGACGAUAACGGACACAUCAUUCUGAACUCGAUGCACCGGUACCAGCCCCGAUGUCACGUGGUGUACGUCAACCGCAAAGGGGAGGACACGUCCAAGACGGAGAACUUCCGCACUUUCAUCUUCCCCGAGACCAAGUUCACCGCCGUCACCGCCUACCAGAACCACAGGAUAACGCAGCUGAAAAUUGCCAGCAAUCCUUUCGCCAAGGGAUUCAGAGACUGCGACGCAGAAGACUGGAGCGUCCCUCCUGGCGUGGCUGAGAUGCUGGGUCACCACCACCUUCCUCCGGUCAAGAUGCCCAAGGUCCACCCACGGCAGUCCAUCCAGCAGCUGCUGCACGGCGUCGGUCACGGGGGAGCCUACACGAAGACCGAGAAAGAUGAAGACGUGGAGCAACUCAGCAACAGCGCGCUGUUCUCUCGCGUGCUGGGGGCCACCGGCCCCGUGUCCUCGUCGUCGUCAGCUGGUCCCGCGGGCUGCCCCGUGAGCCAGCCGUAUCCGACCGAGCUGUGCGGCUACUCGCCCGCCUACGACAACUACGUGUACCAGAUGAAGAUGGAGUCGCGCACGUCGCCCUACGGCCGACCAGCCGCUCCUCCGCCGACUCCGGCCACAGCCGCAGCCGUAGCAGCAGCCGCUGCGGCAGCCUCUUACCCCGGAUACCACCACCCUGCGGCUCCGGCCGGAGCUCAGGCCUACAGCGCCCUCUAUCAGCCCCGAGUGAAGCAGACGACGGGAUACGACUAUUCGACGCGGUGACGACCCGCAGGAGGCUCCGAACGAAAGAAACGAGAAUGGAGUGUUCGUUUUGAGAAUAAUUAAGAACUCUCCAAGUCCGUCCAGAGGUUGUAUGACCAACGUGACAGAAGGGACGAGAGGCACAAUGUACAGAUAUUUUUCAGAGCGUUGAGGACGUACGCUUGUUACUAUUGUGUUGGUCGACAUACGCUGGGCGUUCAGAGCAUAGAAAAGAUCCCGAGAACAUUUUUCAGCGUUAGCAUUUUUCCCCCUUCCCUUCGUGAGGACGACAUAGCCGGCGUUGCUAUAUAAUCAGCGAUAAGAACAUAGAAUCCCGGAAAACGUAUAAGAUAUGGUGCUUUCUAACCUUUCUCGCAGAGUGUUUUCGGUUUACUCUCUGGCGUCAUAAAUCUCGACUAAAGCAUGUGCGAAAAUGGAAAUGUGUGCGAUAAUAUUAAUUACGUGGUUUAAUUAACAGAGCGAAGUUCGAAUAUAAUCCGUAUAUGCGCCUUGUUUAAAUUACGCGGCCUUAGUAAAGAAUCAGAACCUCACUGCGCAUUUCCUAAUGCUAUCCAGGCCACGCGGCAUGCGUUUUCGAUCAGCUGCACAUGUGGAUAUUUAUCUACGCUAUCGUAACGUUGCUGUCUUGCGACCUCACGCUACUGUCGAGUGCGCUAAAUUCGUCGCUUUCAGAAACCGAAACCGCAUUCUAAGGAUGUUAGAAAAAUUCGUUAUUCGACUACUUAACGUGAGCUGACAUGCGAAAAGGAAGUACAGAAAUAACUGUAUCGAAGGCCAUCUUCUACCUCCCUAACCAGUGGGUACGUGGUGCUGGUCCCGCGCAUUCUCACUGCGAUGCCAACGUCUAUUGUAGUGCACAGACACGGGUGGAAAAUGUAUAUGUUACAGUGCCUGCGUGAAUUUAGGUAGAAUCAACCUUCGGAAACAGCAGUAACUGUUUUGUGAUAGAUAUAUAGGCGAAUGGUGCGCGAUUUCUCACUCUUGGUAAUACAAAGUUCACCACGAUGCCGCUGUGCCUGUCAACCUCCCAUACGUUUGUUUCGUGUGCAAUCGAAUUGUGCAAUAGAAUAGCUAGCCUUUACACUGCAUAUAUCGAUGGUCCACGCCUUUGUUACGGCCAUUUGGACGAAAGUGCAUUAAUAUAUCAAAUGAACUGACUGUGUAUGCUAUGUUCACACGUCGGUGCCUUCAACUACAUGUUCGUUUGUCUGCCCCGAGGCAAAGAAUGCUGGGUAUCACAGCGUCGUUACUGGCGGCCUAGCAGCCGCCGCGCAAUUGUGCCUUAUCAGUCGGUAUACCGUGCCUUCGUUGCCCCCGCACGCGCGCAGCAAUUUGUACUGGUUUACACUGUGUACCGUCGAUGGCGCGAAUCUCUGAGGCACACGUGUUACGAGGACGUGCACCGGUUGUCGCUCCCAUCGCCGUAACAAUGUUAUUGUGAUUGUACAGACUUGAAAUGAAAAAAAGUAAAGUGUACAUUGCGUAAA